AUGUUGGACCUUCUCACCGGCGUGCAUGGGCUUGAAGUAGUCCUUGCUGUCGUUGCUAUAAGCUUGGCGCUCAGAACUUACUUUGCCAAACAGAACAGUGAUAAACUACCGCCAGGUCCACCUUUACUCCCAAUCCUAGGCAGUGCACUGGCGGUUGAUAUUAGUGCCCCUUGGCUAACCUACAAGGCAUGGGGCAGCCAAUACGGUGACGUAGUAUAUACUCGCCUUUUUGGUCAGGAUAACAUCAUUAUCAACUCUGAGCAAGUUGCAAGAGACCUCCUUGAGCAUCGCUCACAAAACUACUCCGACCGACCAGAAAUCGCAACCAAUGAACUAUUUGGCAUUGACUAUACUACCGCCUUCAUGCGAUACGGUAGUAGAUGGCGGCUUCAACGCAAAAUUGUACAUCAGUCAUUCCGACAAGAUGCUAUUCCUCAUUUUCAACCCAUGCAAGUAACGAAAAGCUAUGACCUUUUAUUGAACCUCAUGGAGGAUCCUUCGGACUAUCACGAACAUUUCGAAGCCCAUUCAGGUUCAAUCAUCAUGUCUGCCGUGUACUCGUAUGAUGCAGCACGACGUCAUGACCACAUGAUUGAGCGCGCAACCAUGGGUCUGGAUAUCAUCCUGAAAGAAAUGAGACCCGAAGUAGCUGCCAUUUUUAGUGCUUAUCCUUUCCUUCUCCGCCUCCCCUCUUGGCUGCCUGGUAUGCGCCUCAAGAGAAUUUCACCAUUAGCCAAGCAAUUGUCCUUGGAGAAUUUGGAAAAUCCAUUUGCAUACACGGAGCGUGGUCUGGCCACUGGAUCCAUUUCUCCUUGUAUGGUUGCUGAACAUUUGGCGGAGCUUGAUGACAGCUACGAUAAUUUUGCCUGGCAGAAGAAAGCGAUAAAGGAAUCUGCGGCAACGGCUUUCGGAGCUGGCACUGAGACGACAGCCAGUGUAUUGUUGAAUUUCACGCUGUUGAUGAUCCUGCACCCAGAUAUACAACAGAAAGCGCAAAAACUUGUUGAUAGUGUGGUUGGCCCAAAGAGACUGCCGACAUUCCACGAUCGUCCAUCCUUGCCCUACAUUGAUGCCAUUAUACGGGAGUGCAUGCGGUGGCGCCCAGUUUUCCCCCUUGCGAUUAUGCAUGCUACUGUCGAAAGCGACAUUUACCAAGGCUAUUACAUACCCAAAGGUGUGCGAGCUUCUUCUCAUCCCGGGGUCCAUGUUCAUUCGCAGCACAGGGCGAUGUGCCAUAACGAAGAUAAAUACCCAAAUCCGUCCGAAUUCAAUCCUGACCGUUUCCUGAACGCAGACGGCACUCUGACAGACGAUACUGUGAGUUUUGUGUGGGGAUUUGGCCGACGAAUAUGCCCUGGUCGCCAUCUUGCCGAAGCUUCUAUAUGGUCUGCCAUGGUCUGUAUGCUUGCGGUUUUCAAUUUUUCCAGGGCCAAAGACGAGACUGGCAAAGAGAUUGAGAUCGAGCCACACUGGCAUGGAGGGCUUACUGUGCGACCUAAGUCAUUCCCUUGUAGUAUCACUCCGCGAAAUGCGGACAUGGAUAUCACGGCCUUGCAGCAUUUGAUCGGGGUAUCUGUUUAG